AUGAAUGAUUUAUUUUCCAAUUCCUUCAAACAAUAUCUAGACCUAAAGAAACAAGCAUACAUUGAUGACAUUGAGGGUGGUGGUGGUAGUGUCGGAAAAGAAACAAUCAAUCUCGACAAGUUCUUUCAAGAUGUCGAGAAUGUCAAGGAUGACAUGAUGGUCGUUGAGAAGAUCUACAAGAAGCUACAAAAGUCGAAUGAGGAAGGAAAGAUGGUCCAAAAUGCCAACAAGAUGAAGUUGCUUAGAUCUAAGAUGGAUUCGGAUUUUACACAAUUGUUAAAGAUCGUGAAGGUGAUCAAGGGAAAGCUAGAGACCCUUGACAAGUCUAAUAUUGAGCAUAGGAAGAUCCCCGGUUGUGGGCCUGGCUCAUCGGCUGAUAGGACCCGCACGUCAGUUGUUAGUGGCUUGGGUAAGAGGCUCAAGAUCAUGAUGGACGACUUUCAAGACUUGCGAGCCAAGAUCAAUGAUGAAUAUAAGGAGACUAUAGGGAGAAGAUACUUUACCAUAACAGGUGAGCAAGCCAACGAUGAGCUGAUAGAUAACUUAAUAUCUAGUGGAAAAGGAGAAGAAAUUCUUCAAAAAGCAAUCCAAGAUCAAGGUCGAGGACAAAUCAUGGACACGAUAUCUGAAAUUCAAGAAAGGCAUGAUGCUAUUAUCGAAAUUGAGAAGAGUCUAAUUGAAUUACACGAAAUCUUCUUGGACAUGGCCGCGCUUGUACAUGCUCAAGGACAACAACUGAAUGAUAUUGAAAGCCACGUAGCACAUGCGAGUUCUUUUGUUCGACUUGGGACCGAGCAAAUUGUAGAAGCCAAAGAAUUGCAAAAGAGCUCGAGAAAAUGUACUUGCAUCGCCAUCACCAUCAUUGUUUUUGUUGCAAUUAUUCUGUUGAUCCUAUUUCUUUUGUUGCCCAAAAUGUUACCUUUGGAUUAA